AUCAGCAAUUCACUCUCUCAGCUUCCUCAAAAAACAAAAAAUUCUAGUUUUGCUGAAUUAAUUCAUUGAUGAUGGCUAGCUUUGUUGCUUUCAAGCUGGCUUGUGUGGUAUUGGUGUUUAUGGUGGUGAGUGCACCGUUGGUUCGAGCCAUAACAUGGAAUGAGGUGGUGAGUCAGCUGGUACCGUGCCUGAAUUACCUGAGGAACGGAGGGGCUGUAUCUGUUCCCUGCUGCACUGGUGUGAAGGCCAUUAAAGCAGCUUGCAAUUCCAAACCCGCCUUUGCACUCCCGGGCAAGUGUGGAGUCACCUCUCCUUACCCAAUCAGCCCCAACACCAACUGCAUGCGAUACGAUAUGAAGUAUCACCUGCAUAAAGGAAAGAAGAAGAAAUAAAUUCUAUGGGCGUUGAGGUGUCCCGAUCGAGUGACUCAUUGCCCUUGUUACUGUAUGAGAAUUAGUUAAACUAUUAAAUGUAUGUUCCAUCUUGUUUAAUUCUUUUCUUUGUAUGUUCUUCUCUUCAGCUUAAAGGUGACAGGCACGCUAAAUUUGCACUCUUCUAAACGAAAUAACAGGAAUUAAGUUGA